AUGAAGGAGCUUGUGCUGUGUACGGCCGUCGGCCUCUGCGUGGGCAUGUACCUGCAGCGCCGGCGCGAGGCCGAGGUGAAGGGCCCAUCGACCAAGUUCAUCCGCAAGGCCAGCAUCACCUGCGAGAGCUGCUGUGCGCCCGAGCCCCACGUGCUGCCGCACUCGCACAGCAUGGUCUGGGAGAGCGACUUGCCACUAAUCUACACGGAAAAGCACGCGGAGAGCGCAGGUCGGCUCAUCCUCAUGCGCCAUGGGCAGUCGGUCUGGAACCGCAAGCCCGACCGCCCGAAUGACCCGUGGCGCUACGCCGGCACGGUGGACAUUCCGCUCUCGGACGUUGGCAUCCAAGAGGCGCUGCAGGCCGGCGAGUCGCUCCAGAACAUCCCGCUCGACUUGGUCUUUUGCUCGCAGAUGGACCGCGCCCGGGCCACGGUCUCGCUCGCGCUCUCGAUCCACGAGAGUGGCCGGACGCCCAUCGUCGUGUACAACUCGCCGCUCGAGCGUCCGGAUUUCGAGGACCUCUACGACGUGGACGACCCGACGCACUUUGCGAUUCCCGUGUACGUGACGCCGGCGCUGAAUGAACGCAACUUUGGGUCGCUCCAAGGCGUGCCGUCGACACAGCACCCGACCAACCUCGCGCCGAUCCGCAACGAGUUUGGUCUCAAGUUUCCUGGCGAGAAGGGCGAGAGCUGCGCCGACAUUGAGGCGCGCGUCAUGCCCUUCUUCCGCCAGUUCAUCGAGCCCCAGCUCGCGGCCGGAAAGAACGUGCUCGUCUCGACCCACGGCUUUGUCUUGCGAACGCUCAUGAAGUCGUUCGAGAAGAUGGACGAAGACUUCUUCAACGCGCAAAUGAAGCUCGAGAAGACGGAUCCAUCGGCCUGCCGCCUCCUCGCGCCCACAGGCGUCCCAAUCAUGUACGAAUACCUCGACGGCGAGCUAUUGCCGCUGCCACAGUCGAGAAGAGACCGCGCCAAGUCGAUCGCGCGGUCGGCGCCGACGUAUUAG